AUGCGUGUAAAGAGCAUCGUCAUUGACGGCUUCAAGUCCUAUGCCCAUCGCAAGGCCCUUGACGACUUGAGUCCGCACUUCAACGCUAUUACCGGCCUCAAUGGCAGUGGAAAAUCAAAUAUAUUUGAUGCAGUGUGCUUCGUCAUGGGCAUCACCAACUUGAAACGUGUUCGUGCGGAAGAUCCGCGGGAACUUAUCUUUCGGGCAGGCACCACAGGUGUUCAUGCGGCGCGUGUCACGAUUGAAUUUAUUAACGACGACUCUCGUACGGCGCCGCCAGGCUACAGCUGUGAGGAGUAUCCGAUCAUCACCGUAGGGCGGCAGAUUAAGCUGGGUGGGAAGCAGCAGUUCUUCCUGAACAACACCGUAUCCAUGCAGAGCAAAGUCAAGCGCUUCUUUGAGAGCAUCAGUCUUAACGUUGACAACCCACAUUUCAUGGUAUUGCAGGGGACGGUGCACAAACUCAUUGGCAUGCGCUCGCAAGACAUCCUCUCCCUCAUAGAGGAAGCCGUCGGAACGAAGGCGUUUGAUCACCGUCGACGCACUGCCGAGAGUCUGAUUCGCAGCAAGGAAAAGAAAAUGGAAGAGAUUGACAAUAACAUUGAGACACAGAUAGGCCCUAUGCUGCGUGCCAUGAAGGCAGACCAGGACGAGUAUGAGCGCUUUGUGCAGAUGAGUGAGGGCAUAGAAGAGAGGCGGCGAUUUCGUGUCGCCUUUGAGUACCACGAGCAGCGAAAACAGUUGGAGCAACGCACGGAGCGGUGCGCCGCACUUGAGAGAGACGUCGCCUCAUCCAAGGAGCAAGUGCAGUUCCUGCCCGCAUCGGAGGAUGCCGCUACGCGGAGACUGAUGGAGCUGCAACAAUCCCUUGCGGCGCCCGCGGAGGCGGUGAUUUCCCUCCACGAAGAGGAAGCUGCACUUAAAAAGCAGCUGGCGCGGGAUGAGGCACACGUGGAGGGGGCCGAAAAGGCCUUGCGCCUUCUCAAGGACAACGCCCGCAAACUGGAAAGAGAAAAGGAGAAGCAGCAGGGUAGAAUGGAAAAGUUUGCGUCCAAAAAGGAGCAGCGAGACGCACUUGUGGAGCGUCUCCGUGUGGAGAAGGAGAAUGUUGCAAAGCUGAAGCGCUCGUUACAGUUGCAAAUCUCGGGGGUGCGAGCCGGUAUUUCCGGCAUGUCGUUAGAAGAAGAGCGUGCCGACAUUGAACGCCGGCUGAUUCACCACGGCGCAGAAGUACGACGGUGUGACGAGCGCGUCAAGGAGCUGGAACGGCAACUGCAACACUUUCAACAGAAGACGGCUGCACGGAGUGAAACGAUUGCAAAGCUUGAAGCAGAACUAGCGAGGGCACGUGAACGCCUUGAUGCGGAGACGGAGACGUAUGCAACAGUGGCCCCGCUUGAGGCGCGUGGACGUGCAUUGCAGGAGGAACUUGCGCAGCUAAAGGCAGAGCACUGGAAAGCGAACGAUGCACUGCAACGUGAGAUGGGCAAUGGUGGUCGUGGCUUCGAUGUGGAGUACGACCGACGCGCUUGCCCAGGUAUUGACCAACAUAUUCAUGGCCGCGUUGCAGAGCUCAUUGUGCCAAGGGAGGAAAAGUAUGCAAUGGCCCUUAUGGUUGGGGCGCAAACGCAACUACUGCGUGUUGUUGUAACAAAUGAUCUUGUGGCGGAAAAGGUUAUUCGUCAUGGGCUGCGGCAACGCACGGCAUUCCUUCCGUUGAAUACGUUGCAGCGGCCCAAGGGUGUUGAUGGAGCUCGCAUGGAGGAGGCGAAACGGAUUGCUGCGCGAAUGGGGGGCUUCCUCGCCAUUGCAAAAGACUUGAUAGAAAUUAAAGAUGAAUCCCACCGCAUCGUAGCGGAGCAUGUCUACGGGCAGUUCUUUGUCUGCUCCUCACUGGCCCUGGCUCAGGAGCUUGCGUACAAUCCAGCCGUGCGAUGCAAGGCUGUCUCGCUUGAUGGGGACGUGGCGGAGCCGAAUGGACUCAUGACGGGUGGAUCGACGCAGCAGCUUCGUGACAUUUUCGCGGAGGUUCGUGCGUACCAUCAGCGCAAGGCCCCUGUAAAAGAGCUGCGGGCAAAAAUUGCCCGGGUGGAGAAGGAGUUGGAGGUCGUUCAGGAGCAGCUGCGACAACAGGCGCCCCUGCUACGGCGGUACAAGGAGGCGGAGGAGGCGUUGAGGCUGGCAGAGCACAAGCUUCAGCUUGAACGCGGCGAUAACAGCGGGCCUGUGGAGGAGUUGGGUGCCGCGCUUGAUGAGGAACGGCGCAAACACGAGGUGGAAGUUGUGGCACUGCGGGAGCUAAAGGAACGCAAGGCGGCGCUGGAGCGGCACACCCGUGAAGACCCCGACGAGGCGCGCAGAGAACUCCAGAAGCAGCUCUCUGCGGCACAGGAGCGAUGUAGUGCCCUCGCCCGCGAGGAAGAGGCGGGGUCGGCGGAGUUUGAGCGAAUGGAGGCGGAUGUCACGCAGUUGGCGGCGGAUCUGGAGCGGAAGCUGACGGAAGUGGAGGAAGAGAUAUCGCACCGCACUGCGGCCCGUGACGGAGCCAAGUUACAACUGGGCGAAACAGGCGGAAAGCUGCAGAACGUGAUAGAGCAGCUACAACGGAUGGAGGAGCAGCGGCAGCGACUUGAGAAGGAGGUGGAGGAGGUGCAACACGAACUACAACAGCUCUUGGUGAAAAAGACAUCCCUUGAAACAUUUAUAAAAAAUGCCGAGGUGGACCUUCGUGACACGGCGAAGGCGACAGAGGAGCUACAGAAAUCCGUACAUGAGGCAGAACGGCGCCACGCCUGGUUAGUGGAGGAACGACACACCUUUGGACGAAGCGAGGGUCCGUAUUACUUUGACGACAAGGUAAGAACGGCUGCCACGUUGCAGGAAUUACGCGAGGCUGAGUCUCAGGCCGCAGUGAUGUCCAAACGCCUAAAUCGCAAAGCCACGAUCCUCUACGAGGAACGUAAAAAGGAAUACGAUGAGUUGGUGCUGCAACGCUCC